AUGAAAUUCAUUCUCUAUAUUCUCGUCGUUCUUGGAUUUGCCAGUGCUCAGUUCAAUGAAACUGCCCAAGAAGCCAUCUUGAAAGCUCACAAUGACCUCAGAUCUGCUAUUGCCAAAGGAGAGUAUAGGAUUAGCGGAACACUCCUGAAUGCAGCAUCCAACAUGCGUAAAAUGAAAUGGGAUUUGUCUCUUGCCGAAAAGGCUCAAAACGUAACCGAUAGCUGUCCAGAUAAUAUAAACACAGGUGAUGGAUACGGAGAAAAUGUUCUGGCUUCAUAUGUUGAAAACCCAGGAAAAGCUCUUGAGAUAGUAAGUUUUGAAAAUAAUUCCAUUUUUAUGGUAAUUGUUCAGACACUGUUGGAUGUGGAAGUGUGGAAGAUGCAGUUUGGGAUGAGACUUGAAGAUCUUCUAAGCUUGAAUGGGAACAUUCAAAACUAUGAACUCACAAAGACUACCCAAAUGGCAUGGGCUGAGAUCGAUUCGAUUGGUUGUGGUUUUUCGAAUUGUGGGCAGAAGUCUUCCGGGAGCAAAACCAAGGUCGUUGUGGCCUGCAUGUACAAAAUCUCUUCAUCUCGUAUAAGUCAGGAGAAACCGUAUAAGUCAGGAGAAACCUGCUCAUCGUGCGAUCCCGGAUUCACGUGCGACACUGUUUCCGGAUUGUGUGCCGGAAUUUGA